AUGCCUCCAACCCAGACUAUUCAGACUUGCAGCGCAUGCGGAGAGCAAUAUCCUGCAGGUAACGCAGAGCAGACUCUCAGUCUUCCUGAUUCUGGUACUUGUAUUAUGUGUACCUUCACCGUUGCUCCUUGGGAGUUUUCAACAUUCGCACCGACAGCACCAGCUGUCAAUGUUGAGAGUGUCCAAGGCAUUUAUCUUCCAGCGAAUAACCCAAGUCCUACGCCUAUCGCUGUGAACGUCAAUAUUCAUAACGAGCCUGUAGGGGUGCGUCGAGUACCUCAGAUCGAAUUUCUCGGCCCUCGAAACACAUUGUUCUAUAUUACGAUUACGAAGGGACCAGCAGGGCAACUAUUGAACUGCCCAUACCACGUCUACUUUCAAACAUACCACCAGAGCCUCCCCAACCAAUGUGUAUCCGCCAUUACUCAUGGUUCUCCAAAGUACCCAUGGCUCGGGGAUAUCGUUGUGCUGAAGUUUGAUGGCAAACGAAUGGAACGGUUCAGGAGUGCAAGCUUAACUGACGAUAUGGCUAACAUUUCUUGGUUUUUCAUGAGUCAUGCCAUUCCUAGUCAAGAAGCACGAGUUUAA